GCAAUUGUGAAAAGCCAUUGAAAACUCUCUUCUUAGUAUUAACAAGAAAGAAAGAACCCACGAAGCACAAAAGGGGAAAAGUCUCGUCAUCCCAAAACCCUCACCUUUUUCCCUUCUUCCUUUCGAAUCUCUCCAUUCCCUAUUCCAAUCUCUUCAUUCCUCCCUUUUUCCCCUCCAGAUCUAGGGUUUUGUCUCCCUUUCCCACUUCGUUUUGAGCCUUCUUGGCUUGCCUGCUAUGGCGUCUUCCUUUCCCGGUCAGGUCACUGCUGUUCAGGUGCAGGUUGGGUCGUACUUUGUUGGGCAGUACUAUCAGAUCCUGCAGCAGCGACCGGACUUUGCGCACCAGUUCUAUAGCGAUGCCAGUGCUAUGAUCCGUGUUGAUGGGGAUAACGCUGAGAGUGUUUCUGGGAUGAUGCAAAUCCACAGUUUGUUGACGAAUUUGAAUUUUACUGGUAUUGAGAUAAAAACUGCGCAUUCUCUGGAUUCGUGGAAUGGAGCUGUUGUUGUGGUGGUAUCUGGUUUUGUGCAAACCAAAAAUUACAGUGCGCGGAGAAAAUUUAUGCAGACGUUUUUACUUGCCCCACAAGAGAAAGGAUAUUUUAUUCUCAAUGAUUUGUUUCACUUUCUUGAGGAGGAGCAAGUGCAACAUUAUCCAUCAUCCUUAUUAGCCCAUAGCAACUUUGACCCCCAUAGCAACUUUGACCACACUAACUUUGAGUCAAAGUUAAGCACACCCAAUCUUAGCCCAAAGCCAGUUACCAACUAUGUUCUUGGAGGAGAAGUGGAGUCUGAUGAUCUUAUCGAUUCAGACCUUGCUAAUACUGUCCAGGCAGAAGAAAGUGAAAUCGUUGAUAAAUAUAGCUUUUCAGAGGCUCAACCACCUGUUCCUGAACCUGAAGAUGUAAUAGAAGAAAUUCCUUUGGAAGAACCUGUUGAUUCAUUUUCAAAUGUUGUAGAGACAGUCAGGGAUCUACCUCCUGUCCUUCCGGAGGAACCAGUCAGAGAACCACAAAAGCAAACCUAUGCUUCAGUGUUGCGAAUUGCUAAAGGACAACCUGCACAUUCUACAUCACAUCCUCCUGCUCUAAACAAAGUCCCUCCUGUUACUGCAGAGUGGCAAAAUGUGUCACAGUCUGUUCCACAACCUGUGUUUUCAGCAGGGAAUGAAAAGUUCAACUUUGACGCUACAGAGGAGGCUUUUAUACCUGAAGACGAAGGUGAUGCAAAGUCUGUUUAUGUUGGAAACCUGCCUGCAUCCAUCUCUGUCGCUGACCUUGAGCAGGAAUUCAAGAACUUUGGUAGAAUCAAGCCUGAUGGUGUUACCAUUCGGAACCGCAAGGAAGCUGGUGUCUAUUAUGCCUUUGUUGAGUUCGAAGAUGUUUUCGGAGUCCAAAAUGCACUAAAGGCUUCUCCUAUUGAAAUAAAUGGCCGUCAAAUUCAUGUCGAGGCUAGGAGACCUAACAGUGGUGCAAUUCGAGGAAGAAGGGGCCGAGGGAGGGGAGGAUACCAGUCAGAUGUCCCAAGAGGACGUUUUGGAGGCCGAACUUUUGCAAGGGUGGGCGGCGGCAUUCAACACAACAAUGAUAGGGACUACAACAAUCGAUCACGGGGAAACGGUUAUCCUCAGCGUGGUGGCGCAUUCCAAGAGAGAGGUAUUCUUGGAAGCCAAUACGAAUCUAAUUACUAGCUUACCAAAUCUUAGUGCAAAACAUCGAAGAAUAGUUUUGAGGUGUUUCCUACCCUUGCUCUAGUAUUUUGAGGUUUUUCAUUGUCCAUCCAUCCAUUCCAUGUUCUUCUUGUAAUCCUUCUCCAGUUGGGUAUCAUUUUCAUUUAAAUCAGGUUGGUAUGUUUUUCUCACUUCUCAAGGCUGGUGGUUAGUUUUUUUUUGUCAUUUGAAUACCUCUCUUCCCCUUUUUUUGAUCUGGAGGGGUUGAAGGGAUCUUUGACAGUUUAUUACUGUGAGAAUCAGAGAGGGUUCGGAACUUAUAAAUGAUUAAAAGUUUAGCAGUUCUUUAAGUGAAAAAAAAUUACUGAUUUUGUU